AUGAUUCACAGUGAGAAACAAAAGCACCGUAGUGACGAGGACGUGGUCAAAGAACUGUGCAUGGUCAAUGGAGUAUCCUAUGAAAAAAUUGCACAAGAAGGAAGCAACAUCAGCUCCCUAGAGAUCUUCUUCUCUGGUUUUCCCCGCAUGGUUGGCCUUUCUAUCUUCCCAAGGCUCUGCCAGCUCACCAUAGUUGGCCAGAAUAUAAAAUACAUUGAAGGUCUUGAGUGCUGUCCUCUGCUCUGGGAGCUCUGGGUUGUGCAGUGUCACCUGACAGGAAUAUCUGGACUGCAGAAUUGUGUACAACUAGAGAAACUCUACCUUUAUGAUAAUCAAAUUUGUGAAAUAAAGAAUUUAGAAUUGCAGGUCAAUCUAGAAGUCCUGUGGCUCAACAAUAACUGCAUAAGUCAUAUACAGGGCUUGAACACGCUUCAAAACCUCAAAGAACUAAACCUUGCUGACAACAUUAUUGAAAAGAUUGGGCAUAGCCUUGAUCCUAAUGUCAGCCUUCAGAAUCUUAAUCUGUCUGGGAACAAGAUCAGCUCCUUUAAGGAGCUGACUCUGCUUGCCUGCUUACCCAAUCUGAGAGUACUUGCACUGAAGGACCCCACAUCAACCCCAAACCCAGUGUGUCUGCUGUGUAACUAUGCCACACACGUUGUUUACCACAUGCCAGGCCUCCAGCGACUUGACACCUAUGACGUCUCAAGCAAGCAAGUCAAGGAAGCAGCUGAGUCCACUGUGAUGAAGAAAAUUAUGUACUACAACAUGCGUGUACGUACUGCUCAAAGGAACCUGGCAGAGACUCGGUUCAGUCUGAUGGAGAGGAAGAAAACUCUGCUGCAGUUACCUGAAGAAUGCGUUAGGACACUCAGUCAUGCCCUCAAAAAUCUUGAACGUGAGCUCUCCAAGUUGCUGGCUGGUUGUAAGAAGUCCACUUGCACGUUGGAGGAUGAACCAGGAGGACAGACCCACCUGGUGGAGGGUUCAUCCGACAGAUGUGAUCCAACCACUGACAUCAGUCAUAAUCCUGCAAUGGAGUCCAAAAUACUCAUCAAGAUGGAAGCACUGAGGGAGAGACUGACAAUAUGGACGAGGAGGCUGGAUGAGAUUGAAGCCUGUUAUGAGCGGGAUUUGGCCCAAGCCACAAACAUGAUGGCGUAUACAGUCCAGUUUUUGUUGAUGGAGUUAGAAAGUGUUGGAAAUAUUCGUUUGGAGGAGGGAUGCUCCACAGACCCUUGGUUUACUUCCUGUUGCGACCUUCUGCUUUCCCGUUUCUCUCAGUCAGACUACAGGGUUCAUGGCAUCACUGGCAUUAAGAUCGAUAGAGUUAUCCGCAUCUACAACAGUGCUUUGAGGCUUCGCUUUGAGGACAAACUUCAUAGCUUGCUAGCCAGCGAAGACACUGGUAUCUCUUCACAGAAUUACAGACGUCGCCUGGAGCACUUGUUCUACCUAGCCGAAACUGAAAAAAACAGUGAGAAGGAAGAACUUUUGUGCAUUCUGGAGGAGGGCUUCAAAACUGCAGAACAAUAUAAGGCCUUGGGGAGAGAGGGUGCCAUACCUUUAUCCAACAGCCUGAGUGUGACCGAACAGCCCAGAAUGGAACAGACUCUACGCCUGGCCAGCCACUGUAAUUCCAUGGAUACAGUCCCAUUCAGGCAUGGUCAGAUUAUUGUUUCCAAAGUGUUUGUGGGUCACAGCAUGCCUAUCCGAGAGGGAGAACCAGUGGACAGAAGCAGCCAUCCCAGAGUCUGCUCUGUAUAUCGCAAUGUGGACACUAAGUGCAGAACUGCAGUGAGUGAAGGUAUACCUCGCUCCUCAAAAACUAACACUGGUCCUGAGUGCAGCCCCAGACGAAGACGGUGGUUUGUGUUUGACCAUGAACUAGUCUUGCCUGAGUACAUCAUAUAUUUUGAAUACAUAACCGGGGUAAUUAAUUCAUUGCUCUUACAGGAAGCUCCUUCCAAUGAUAUCAUCUUGGACAAGGAAGUCCUCAACAUGGAACCUGUGCUGAAAGCGCUGCCCAAGUUGUUGAGCUUGGAUGACAAAAUUCUGCUUAAUGUGGCCAGAGCCAAUGUCCUGAGUCAGAUCACUGUACUGAACCUUCAUGGCAACAGUCUGAGCAAGAUAAAGGAGAUUUCCCACCUAACGGCUCUGCGGCAUCUUACUAUCUGCUUCAAUGAGUUCAGACGCCUUGAUGACAUUUCUCACAUGCCAAACCUUGAGUUUUUGGAUGUGAGCUAUAACCACCUGGUGACCCUAGAGGGGCUGAGGGGGUUGGGACAACUCAAAGAGCUUGAUGUUCGCUGGAACAAGUUGACCAAAGCCAGAGAAGAUACGGCAGUGCUAAGAAAACAUACACCUGCACUUCUCAAGCUUGACACUCGAUACAACCCCUGGAACAGGCCGCAGGCAGCCAGACUGACCAUGCUGGGACGUCUAACAACACUCACACACCUGGACGAUGUGGUGGUAGCAGAGGAAGAGGCUGCUGAUGCUGUUCACAUGGCUGCUGGCUCCAAAAUUAAUGAGGCAUGCCUUCUGGCUCACUCGCGUACCAACAGUGAUCGUCCCCGCAGUCUCAGCCUGCUGUCAACAGCCCAGCUCCUAGGUCUUCUCAAUCCAGCACCCUGGGGGCUCAGUCAAGAGCUGGAGCCAGACUGGACUGCAAAGAUCACAGCCCUGAACCUUGACAGCCAGAGGAUUUCCAAGCUGAUCAAUCUGAAUAAACUGGUGAACUUGCGCUGGGCCUCCUUUAAUGACAAUGACAUCUCUAAAGUGGAGGGACUGGACAGCUGCCUGAAGCUGGAAGAACUUUCCCUAAACAACAACAGCAUCAGCACACUCAGUGGUCUGUCAAAACUGCAUUGCCUAAAUAAACUGAGUGUAGAUGGGAAUCAGCUCUCUAGUCUGGAUGCUUCAGUCCUUGAUCAGCUGCCCAACCUGUCCUUUCUGUCUGUGGAGAACAACCGUAUCAGUUCCCUGCAUGGUAUCCAAAGGGUUCGCUCCGUUCUUGAACUCUACAUCGGCAACAAUGAGAUUUCUACAUCACGAGACAUCUACUAUCUAAAGGGACUGACAAACCUCAUCAUUCUGGAUCUUUAUGGGAAUCCUUUAGUGGAGAGACUGGAAAACUAUCGGAUAUAUGUGGUGUUCCACCUUCCCUCCCUGAAAGCACUGGAUGGGAUUGCGGUCGAAGUGACUGAGUGUGAAAGUGCAAAGGAUAUGUUUGGAGGGAGACUAACCCCUGACAUGGUAGCUGAGAAGCUGGGCCACUCUAACUACACAGACAUCACCUACCUCACCUUGAAGUCCUGCUCCAUUAGGAUGGUUGAUCUGUCUCCAGCAGACCUGUUCAGUAGUCUGCGUAGUGUAAACUUGGACCACAACAACCUCACCUCUUUCUCUGGCCUCAUUUACCUGCCCAACAUCAAAGCUCUGUGUCUGAACUACAACCACAUUGAGUCCAUCCUUCCCAGGCAGAAGACUCAGGCUCAUCUGACAAACAGACAGAUACUCUACAGCAAAGUCCACUCCAGUGGUUAUGGUCAACAGAGCCCAUCCAAAGGCAACAGGGAAACUGGGCCCACUGGCAGCCUGGAGCCACUGAUGGGCAGCCUGGAGGUGCUGCAUUUGAGUCACAAUGGCAUCUCCAAUAUGGCCAAUCUGCAGCUCAGCAGGCUCACCAAUCUUAAAGCCCUCUUCCUUCAAGGUAAUGAGAUCAGCCAGGUGGAAGGAUUGGAAGGGCUUCACCAACUCAGAGAGCUUGUGUUAGAUAGGAACCGGAUCAAAGCCCUGGCUGAGAACUCUUUCAUUGCCCAGAAGGUCCUACUAGAACUGCACCUAACAGAGAACCGGAUCCGGGAGCUCAACCAUCUCAAUCCUAUGACUGAGCUCCGCAAGCUCUUUCUUGGCAUGAACAAGCUGCAGGACAUCUCAGAGCUUGAUAAACUAGAAGUUCUUCCUUCGCUGACGGAGCUUUCAGUUGUUGGCAAUCCCGUGGCCCGCAAUUCUCUCCACAGACCAGCAGUGGUGCUCCAUCUGUCCCGCUUGCAGGUCCUGGAUGGAGUGAUGGUCACUCUGGAGGAAAGGACCAGGGCCGAACUCCUCAGUGGUGAUCCAUCAGUAAGAAGAUAUCAUUGCCCUGGAGCUUCCCUUCCUACCACUGAAAUAAACCUACCUGGACUGUUACCCUUCAUGCCUCGAAAUACCCCUCUAAGAGGAAUGAGUAUAAGUGGAGGACUGCAAACUUUUAUUAAUGUUUCUCGAAGCGGCCAGACUGACAUUACCUUAAGACAAAUCCGAAGAACAGGAAACAACCUGCCGACCACGGGUCUCCUGUCUGAUGGGAAUAGAGUCAUCAUCACAUAUCACAACCAGGAGCAAGACAGCAGAUUCCCAAAUGGUGGUAAACCUCCACCCAUGUAGCAGCCAGAAGACACUGAUACUUGUCAAUCAGCCAUGACUGUGGUGUGAUGAUAUACUAUAGCAUUGUGGCAUGCAGGAUAUUAAAAUAUAUCUUAAUGGUGGUGUUU